AUGUUGAAUCAGAUCGACUUUAGCAUUGCCAAUCUCGCAUUGGCUUGUGGGAUCCUCUCUGGAUUGAGUAUAUUGUAUUACUAUGUUCAGUUUGCGCUACAUGAAUUGCGCAUACGCAAAAUAGGAGGCGUACGGGCUCCGCGACUGGCCUAUACUCCUAUUGGAGCGUCACUAUGGUUCGUCAGAUGUGCCCGCGCGCAAAUCUCACACAAGUUGCUGGAUUACUUUGACUCCAUGUUCGCUCGAGCGAAGCGGAACUCUCAUGGCGACAUUGUCGAGAUCCAGAUCCGGCCGCGCGAGCGGUAUCUGAUCACACGGGACCCGGAGCACAUCAAGACGAUUCUGACAGGCAAGUUUGCCGCCUUUGGCAAGGGCGACCGAUUCCACAACCUCUGGCGCCCCUUUCUGGGCGACAGCAUCUUUACGACCGACGGAACCCUAUGGCACGACUCGCGCAGCCUUAUUCGGCCCAUGUUCAUCAAGGACCGCGUGAGUGACCUGGCCAUCUUUGACCGCUGGGCCCGGGCCCUGAUCGAUCUCGUACCGGCACACGGCGCUCCCGUCGACAUCAUGGAUCUCUUUUACCGCAUGACGCUCGACGUGACGACCGACUUUCUGCUCGGUGCCGCCGUAGAAAGCCUGGCCAACCCACGCGCCGAGUUCGCCGAGGCGUUCAACGAGGUCCAGAGCAUCCAAAUGUUGGUGACCAUGCUGGGGCCCUUCCACGUCCUGGUGCCACGCGGCCGAUAUUACGCCGGGAUCCGGACCAUUGACAGAUUCGUCAUGCCGUUUAUCGAGGCUGCGCUGGCCUUGCCGCGUGACGAGCUCGAUAAGCUUGGCGGUUCCGACAAGGAAUUUACCUUUUUGCACAGCAUCGCCCGAUACACGCGCGACCCCCGAGUUCUGCGUGAUCAGAUUGUCGCCGUUCUACUUGCUGGUCGCGACACCACGGCGGCAACCCUCAGCUGGGCGUUUUACGAGUUGAGCCGUCGCCCAGACAAGUUUGCGCGACUUCGCAGUGAGGUUCUGGAUACAGUUGGGCGGACACGAAUGCCCAGCUAUGAUGAUCUCAAGGGCAUGACCUACCUGAAACACGUUUUAUCCGAGACCUUGCGCCUAUACCCAGCGGUCCCCUACAACCUUCGCACCGCUCUCGAAGACACGACAAUAUCCGGUCCACCGGGAGAGCCGCCCAUUUCCGUGGUCAAGGGCGACGUGGUCAUUUACUCAACGCUGAGCAUGCAGCGGUGCGCAGCCCUCUAUCCAAGCCGCGACCCAACCACCGGAGAGCCGCUGCCGGAUCCUGCCCUCUUUGAGCCCGAGCGAUGGGAAAAGUGGACGCCAAAGGCUUGGAACUAUGUCCCCUUUAAUGGCGGGCCUAGGAUUUGUGUUGGACAGAAUUUUGCCAUGACUGAGAUGGCUUUUGUUGUUGUGAAGAUGAUGCAGAAAUUCGACAGGCUCGAGUACUGUGGUGAUUGGUACGCGCAGUAUCACGAAGCCGAGGUGGUCGGAAGACCAGGCCUAGGAGUCAAGGUGAAGCUGUGGAAUGAUCAGUCUCUACCGGUUGAAAGUGAGAAGAAGUGA